AGGCAAUCUCUUCGGAAUUUAAAAAUUUGGCAACCCACUUUUCAAACGGAAAUUUGCUGUGAAGAAAAAACUCAGAUAUUUUUUGGAUACAAUCAAUAAGCGAAAAUGCCGAGCGCUUGGAAUAAUAUUUUGCAGAUUCUUCUACUCAAAUUACGCAACUCAAAACAACUCUCUCGCGUUAAGGAAUACUCGAAACAGAUCUUGACCAAUCGGUUGUUGAUAAAACCUGACCUUGGCGAUGCAUUCAAAUCUUCUCUGGCUAGGAUGGCUGUGGCUACUCUCUUCUCACAACACAAACAACCGCGACGCUUAACUUGCACAGCAAAGGCUGAGAAGGAGGCUGAGAAGGAGGCCAACAAGUCGCCAAAGCCUGAAAGGAGGGAGUCUAAACACUGGUAUCCAGAUCCAGAAUUUAUGAAACAAUUUGAGGGUUGCGUUAUCGGUGGUGAAGAUACACCACGCUUCGACCGUUGGACCGGGAAAAUACCUUCACAAAUAGAGCGCUCCUUUCGCACUAAGUUUAUUAACUUCGGCCCGGCUCAUCCGGCUGCACAUGGUGUCUUACGUAUGGUUUUGCAACUUGAUAAUGAGACAGUUUUAUCUGCCGAUCCACAUAUUGGCCUGUUGCAUCGCGGCACCGAGAAGCUGAUUGAGCAUAAAAUGUACAUGCAGGCUUUGCCUUACUUCGAUCGUCUGGACUAUGUGUCGUGUAUGUCGAACGAACUCUGCUAUUGCCUCGCGAUCGAGAAGCUAUUAGGCCUUAAAGUACCGAAACGUGCGCAAUACAUACGCACAAUGUUUUCGGAGAUCAUGCGUUUGACUAAUCAUACAGUCGCUUGCGCCACUGCUGUGCUAGAUUGCGGCGGCAUUACACCACUCUUCUGGAUGUUCGAAGAACGUGAGAAGUUAUAUGAGUUUUGUGAGCGCGUCUCAGGUGCGCGCAUGCAUGCCGCCUACAUACGACCGGGUGGUGUGGCUUUUGAUCUGCCACUUGGAUUUUGUGAUGAUCUCUUCGACUUUAUUUGUCGAUUCCGGCAUCGUAUUGAUGAAUUUGAAGAUCUCGUCACAGAUAAUCGUAUUUGGCGGAUGCGUAACAUCGGCAUUGGACGUAUAACGGCGCAUGAGGCCAUGAAUUAUGGUUGUUCCGGUGCGGUCUUGCGUGCGACAGGCGUAAAGUGGGAUCUGCGCAAGACACAGCCGUAUGAUGCAUAUCCGGAAAUCGAGUUCGAUGUACCGGUUGGCGUUAAUGGUGACUGUUAUGAUCGUUAUUUGUGUCGGAUACGUGAGAUGCGCGAAGCGUGCAACAUAAUCAAUCAAUGUCUCAAUCAGUUGCCGGACGGUGAAAUCAAAGCAGACGAUCAUAAAGUCUGUCCACCGAGGAGGAGAAUGAUGAAGAGAGGCAUGGAAGAGCUAAUACAUCAUUUCAAAUAUUAUACACAAGGAUUUGCAGUGCCACCGGGUGAAACUUAUACAGCUGUGGAAUCACCAAAGGGGGAGUUUGGUGUCUAUCUGGUGUCCGAUGGCACAACAAAGCCCUACCGUUGUAAAAUUCGUGCGGCAAGCUAUUCACAUUUGGCGCUGAUGAACAAACUAACCUAUAAGCACUUUUUGGCCGAUGCAGUGGCCAUAAUUGGUUCAUUAGAUAUAGUCUUCGGUGAAAUCGAUCGUUAGAAAAUUACAUCUUCAGAAUCACAAAAGAAUCACGGUUCCAUGAUGGAAUUUGAAAUUUUAAAGACUCGAUCCGGAAAAAGGUUGAAGUCAUUUUAAUUGACAAUUAUGUGUAAAUCACAAAUAAUUAUUUCGUUAAUUAUAUGAGAAUAAAAAAACAACAA